AUGAGGGCUCUUGUGCUGGGGUUGGUCUGUUUUGUGACAUGGUCUGGUUCUACAGAGGCUCAGUUUCCUCGAGUGUGUAGCACGGUGGAAGGGAUCGUCUCAAAGCAGUGCUGCCCUGCCCUCGGCUCUGACCCUGCUAACAUUUGUGGACUUUUAUCUGGACGAGGAAACUGCUCCGGCAUCAGAGUCAGUACCAAACCCUGGGGUGGACCAUAUAGGUUGAGAAAUGUUGAUGAUCGAGAAAGGUGGCCAACCAAAUUCUUCAAUCAGACAUGCAGGUGCUCUGGUAAGUAACAUAUUAAUAAAUGUUACAUUUAAGUGUUAAUAGCAAAUCAGUGUUUAAAAUUGCAUAAAAUAUGUUUUGUUUAGAUCACAUUAUAAUUCAUUGUUAAAGGGUAAUCAAUGUUAAAUUGCCUUUAUAAAUUGUGAUUAUUGGGAAGAAGUAUGUAAAAUAUUUCAAGACUGUUGGGUGAACUUUGAGACCAUAUAAUUACCCUAAAAUUGAUGGUUGAACUGCAUGUAUUUGACAAUAACAUAUCAUAGAUACAUUUAUCAUAUUAAUGUAUUAAUUUCUCACAUUUAUUCCAAUCAGAUUUAUUUACAGAAAACCACAUUUCUUGACCAUUCCCAUAGUCUUGACAUGGUUUGGUUUAUAUUUGGCCUAUAUUCCCUCCCUGUGUCUAGGUAACUUUGGUGGCUUUGACUGUGGCCAGUGUAAAUUCGGCUGGAAAGGACCAAACUGUGACGUGCGUAAAUCCCCGGUGGUGAGGAAGAACAUCCACUCUCUGACUCCAGCUGAGCUCCAGGAGUUCCUGGAUGUGUUGGACCGGGCCAAGAACACCACCCACCCAGACUAUGUCAUUGCCACACAGCACUGGCUGGACCUGCUGGGGCCCAAUGGAACCCAGCCCCAGUUCUCCAACAUCUCCAUCUACAACUUCUUUACAUGGCAGCACUACUACUCUGUCAGAGACACACUUUUAGGUAAAACACCAACUAAUUCCUUUUUGGUUGAAACAUGAAUGAAAAUGAAAGUUAAAUGUUAUAAAUGACUCACUUGCUAUGUUACUUACUAGUUGUGAGUUAUAUAUGACUCUCUAUGUACUGGAAAGCUAGCAGAAGAGAACAUUCAGAAGUUGCUCAUAAACAACCUUAUUUGUUCCUUCUGUAGGUCCAGGUCGUCCGUUCAAGGCCAUUGACUUUUCCCACAAAGGACCAGCGUUCGUCACCUGGCACAGAUACCACCUCCUCAGUCUGGAGAGAGACCUGCAGGUAAGAGUGAAUUUGAAUGCUGAGGACAUGAAGAACAAAAUAGCGUCAAACAUUGAUGAGAGUAAAAGUAAAAGUUUCCUCUCUUCUGCAGAGACUGACUGGCAAUGAGAACUUUGCUGUUCCAUUCUGGAACUUUGCCACAGGGCAGACUGAGUGUGACGUCUGUACAGACUCCCUCCUGGGGGGGCACAACCCAGAUGACUCCUCCCUCAUCAGUAACCAGUCCAGGUUCUCCAAUUGGGGAGUGGUGUGUGACAGGUGCGUUGUUGGAUAGAAAUGUGUUUAAAACCUUGUGGGCAUGUUUCCUAGAAACAGAUUAAGCCUAAUCCUGGACUAAAAACAUGUUUACUGAAGGAUUUCCAUUGAAAGUGCAUUUUAAUCCAGGACAAGGCUUAAUUAAUGUCUAGGAAACCAGCCCUGUAUGUAUAUAAUAUACCUGUGCUGUUUAUGCUUUGUGCACCUAUGCUGGUUGUUAUACUACUGGGUACACGUUCAUCAUGUUUUCUUUUUUUUUACCAGACUCACUGUCCCUUAAAAUGUUGCUUGAAUCUUUCCCCCUCCCCAGCAUGGAUGACUAUAACCGCCUGGUCACUCUGUGUAAUGGGACCAGUGAGGGACGUAUAAGGAGAGGUCAGAUGGGAGGAGCGAGGACCAACAUGAGUCUGCCGACCAUGAGUGAUGUCAGGAGCUGUCUAAACCUCAGAGACUUUGACAACGCUCCCUACUAUAUUAACUCUACCUUCAGCUUCAGGCAACCUAAACGGUUCACAUUGACCUUACACACUCACCUAUAGGGUGUUAUUCAAUGAAGUCAAGUCAAACUCUCUAAAUUGCAUUGUUUGUGACUUCUCCUGUACAGGAAUUCUCUUGAAGGCUAUGACAAGCCAGAUGGAGAGGCGGCGCUUGACUCCUCAGUGAACAACCUGCACAACCUGGUCCACUCCUUCCUCAGUGGAACCAGUGCUCGGUCUCACGCUGCAGCCAAUGACCCCAUCUUUCUGGUAAUUAUCUAGUCUGUGUGGUUGCCUAUGAGUCCAUGUAUUUGACUUUCAUGUGAGAUAAUGUAAAGUAUUUGGCACUUGGUCAGAUUUCUGUGCAGACGAUGCAAAAAAUGUUUUACAGUUACAUAACACUCUCGCUAUAGGUGCUCCAUGCUUUCACUGAUGCCAUUUUCGAUGAGUGGAUGAGGAGGUCUGUUCCGCCAAACUCCAGUUUCCCAGAUGAGAUGGCUCCCAUUGGUCACAACAGACAUUAUAACAUGGUGCCAUUCUUCCCUCCUGUGACCAAUGAGGAGGUUUACGUGGCUUCUGAUCAACUGGGAUAUUCUUAUGCCAUUGAACUCGAUGGUCGGUGAUUUUCACAGACAACUUUGCAAUUAAAUAAUCGUAUUUUCUUUUGUUUUAUUAGCAGGUCAAUGAAAUAAGAACACUUUGAUAAAGAUCUUUGUUGCAUUAAAUCUCUUCUUCUUCUUCUAUCCUCAGCUACAGAUGGUGGAUUUGUGUUUGUGCUGGGGUCCACUCUGGGUGGUGUUUUCCUGGGUCUCCUGGUUCUUCUACUCGUCCUGCUGCUCUACUUGCAACAA